UUAGACAUGGAAGAAAAUGAUGAACCUGAUCAGCCCAUCUCAGCAGGGAGACAAGAAAUUCGAAAGAGAAGACGACCCAGCCAACCAAUGGUAGACAAAUCCCAGCAGACUGAAUCAACAGACAAAAAGAAAUACAUGACCAUACCACAGUCAUCUGGCCCCAAAGCUACCCAUAGCAUUGGUAAUAUUCCUGGAAGCAAAGUCAGCUACUCUGCCAAAGAAUAUGAAUCCCUUAGAGUAUCUUCUCAACUUCAGCAGACUUGGACAAAGAGAAAACGUGGACAGGAAAUGACUGAUAAAUCUCUUCAGACAGAUACCAUCAAAGAAGAGAAAAAAGAAGAAAUCAAGUCAGCUGGUGAAACAGUGGUGCCUGAAGUAAUAUCACCUAAUAUUGGAGAAACAGCCCCUGAAUUGCCAGAGAGAGUUCACGAAGUAGAAAUUCCACCAAGCAGACACUCAGUCCAACUCAAAAUAGACAGAUCUCAGCAGACCAGUUGUACUGGAGACUGGACCAUGAUGAACGUUCCUCAUGUAGAAAUGGUGGACAAGGGACAGCAGACAUAUUUUAGUGAAUCAGAAAUGGUGGUAAUUUACAAGCCUGAUGGUUCUUUUACAGAAUCAAAGGAAGGUGCCCAGAAACGUAAAUCCUCAGGGAAGAUUUUUGUCAGUGAACGUGCAGAAUUUCAACCAGCAACAAGUAGCAAAGAAGAAAUUAGGCAGAAAAUUAUCAGCAAAACUUCAUUUAGUCAGCCAAACCAAAAAGUACAGCCUAUACCAGCUGAGGAGGCUCCUGUAGAAGAAGCUCUUGCUGAACUUCUGCCUCCAUCAGCUGAUGAAGCCACUGUAGAAGUACAGCUGCUACAGGCUGAAGAGGCUACUGCAGAAGAGGUUGCUGCUAAAGUAGAGCCCGUCCCUGCUAAAGAGGCCUCUGUUGAACUUCAGCCUCCACCAGCUGAAGAGGCCCCAGCUGAACUUCAGUCUCCAUCAGGUAAGAAAACUCCUGCAGAUGAGGCCCCUGCUAAAGUAGAGUCUACCCCAGCUGAAGAAACUCCUGUUGAAACUACGCUUGCUGAAGAGGGACCUGUAGAAGUACAGUCUUCACCAGCAGAAGAAGCUCCUGAAGAAGAGGCAGCUACUAAAGUAGAGCCUACCCUUGCUGAAGAUACCCUUGUCAAACUUCAGCCUUCACCUGUUGAAGAGCAGCUUCCACCAAUUGAAGAGGCCACUGUAGAAGAGGCAUCUGCUGAAGUUCAGGCUCUGCCAGCUGAAGAGUAUCCUUCAGAAGAAACUCCUGCUGAGCUUCAGCCUACACCACCUGAAGAGGCUCCUGUAGAAGAGUCUCCUGCUGAAGUUCAGUCUCCACCAGCUGAGAAGGUCCCUGCAGAAGAGUCUCCUGCUGAAGUUCAAUCUCCACCAGCUGAGGAGGUCCCUGCAGAAGAGUCUCCUGCUGAAGUUCAAUCUCCACCAGCUGAGGAGGCCCCUGCAGAAGAGUCUCCUGCUGAAGUUCAAACUCCACCAGCUGAGGAGGUCCCUGCAGAAGAGUCUCCUGCUGAAGUUCAAUCUCCACCAGCUGAGGAGACCCCUGCAGAAGAGUCUCCUGCUGAAGUUCAAUCUCCACCAGCUGAGGAGACCCCUGCAGAAGAGUCUCCUGCUGAAGUUCAAUCUCCACCAGCUGAGGAGGCCCCUGCAGAAGAGUCUCCUGCUGAAGUUCAAUCUCCACCAGCUGAGGAGGCCCCUGCAGAAGAGUCUCCUGCUGAAGUUCAAUCUCCACCAGCUGAGGAGGCCCCUGCAGAUGAGUCUCCUGCUGAAGUUCAAUCUCCACCAGCUGAAGAGGCACUUGCAGAAGAGUCCCCUGCUGAAGAGGCUCCUGCUGAACUUCAGUCUCCACCGCCUGAGGAGGCUCCUGCAGAAAAGGUCCCUGCUGAAGUUCAGCCUGUACCAGCUGAGGAGGCUCCUGCCGAAGAGGCCCCUGAUGACGUUCAGCCUCCACCAGCUGAGGAGGCUCCUGCAGAAGGGGCCCCUGCUGAAGAGGCCCCUGCUGAAGUUCAGCCUGUACCAGCUGAGGAGGUUACUGCAGAAGAGGCCCCUGAUGAAGUUCAGCCUCCACCAGCUGAGGAGGCUCCUGCGGAAGAGGCCCCUGAUGAAGUUCAGGCUCCACCAGCCGAGGAGGCUCCUGCAGAAGAGGCCCCUGAUGAAGUUCAGCCUCUACCAGCUGAAGAGGCCCCUGAAGAAGAGGCUCCUGCUGAAGUUCAGUCUCCACUAGGUGAGGAAACUUUUGAAGAAGUCCCUGCUGAAGUUCAACCCCUACGAGUGGUGGAGCCCCCUGCAGAAGAAAUUUCUGCUGAAUUUCAGCCUCUACGAACUGAAGAAGUUAUUUCAGAAAAGGUUCUUGAUGAUGAACAGCCUGUACUAGCUGAGAAGGACCCUAUUGAAGAAUUCCUUAUAGAAGAGACCACUGCAGAACAUCACCCUCCACCACGUGUAAAAACCCCCACCAAAGAGACUUUUGUAGAGAAAGUGCCUACCGAAUUAUCACUUCUCCAGGCAGCAGAUGUUCCAGUGGUAAAAUUAGAGUCACUUGUUCUGGAAGGGAUUUCUGAAGAUGAAGAAGCUUCUGUUGUAGACCCUGAAUCUUCAGGACUGAACCCUGUUCCUGAAGAUAUGCCUGAUAGGGAAGGGAACAGUUCUACUAUUGAAAUAGAGGGUACCAUCCGUAUAGAAAUAAAAUAA